GCCGAAAGCCGAUUGACUUGGAAACUCGCCUGCAUCACCUUGAGGAGGCUCAUCAACUCCAUGAAUGUCAAAUAUGUCAGGAAACCAUGCCAACCUCCACGAUAGGACAGCACCGAGGUUACCAUGAAUGCCCAUUCUGCCCAACUCUAGUGGCAAAAUGCAGCCUAAUCGCCCAUAUCGAAACAGACCACUGUGGGAAGCGAUGUCCUGAGUGUCCUGAAUGUCCUGAAGGCUCGAACUUGGCAAAGCACAGGAGGCUUUUUCGACAUCUCAAAGAAGCGAAACAACAUGAAUGGCUGCGAUGCCUGUUUUGCCACAACUAUCAAUUUCUUAGUGGCAUGAAAGAACAUCUCCAGUCUCAGCAUGGACUUCAAUGUUGGGACUGCUGCGAUCCGUCGUCUGAAAGUUUUGCCGACCACGCAAGUAACUUCCAUGGACAACGAGUAUGCCCUGUUUGCCAGAAGUUGAUGGCUAGCAGCAAGGUUGACGUCCAUCUGAUAAUGGAGCACAAGCUCUGUGCAUGUGAUGGGUGCGGUCCUCAAAUUAAAUUCGAACAUAUCAUGCGCCAGCAUGUUUGGAAAGAAUGCCUGCAGUGCAAAUGUAUCAUUGAAGAGUGGGCUUAUCGUCGUCACCUACUCCAUGACCAUUCAUGGGAGGAAUGCCCUUAUUGCGACUAUCUUGCACACAGCGACACUGCUCUUGCUGACCAUGAGAAAGAGCAUGAGCUGCGAUCUUGCGACGAAUGCUCAUCGAUGGUCAUAGAGCAUGCAUAUGAUGACCAUUUACGUGAGGAACAUGGCAUGAAAGAUUGUUUGUUUUGCGCAACUUACCCUCUUCCCCCUGAGUUGCUUAAAGAACAUAUUAUGGAAUAUCAUUGCAAAAUGACGAGAUGUUCAGAGUGCGAUGAAUUCCAAACAACAGCAGAGAUGCCAUCUCACCUCCAAGACAGUCAUGGUUACCAGAAAUGCUGCUUCUGUGACGAUGUGAUUGCUGGACCAGAAGUCCCAAUCCAUAUAGACGAGCGUCACAAACCAGUCACAUGCUUUGAAUGUGGUGAAGAGGUAGCCCAGACAGAUCUCAAUAUUCAUCUCGUCAGAAAACACGACUACAAUGUUCAGCCGCCAGCAAAUAAUGGCACGCAGAUUGACGCGCAAGCUGCAAAGAGCACUUUGGCGAACUUGAGCCAAAGGCCCACAGCUUCUGAGGAUAGACAAGACCGGCCCAUUCUGCAGGAUGCUCAAUACUCAAAUGCUGAGAACAAGGCAGGGAAUUGCGAUCCAUGCGAAAAACACUAUGACAAUCUAUACGAGCAUCGAAGGAGAAAGCACCGCAUACGAAUAAGAGACAGUAAGCAGUUCGUAGGAGCCAGAGUACCGUGCGUUGAUGGGGUCAAAGAGCAUUCAAAGAAAAAUAUACAUAGGUGCAAAAAAUGCCGGGAAGCAAAAUUAUCAAAAUAGUAAUUAAAUUAGGAAUUCUGAGAGC